UGGGCGGUCCCUUAACUGAAGCUCGGUCGCAUUCUCCAGGCAGACCCCAACGUCUGUACGUGAGUCACGGCUCUGAGCGCACAUCCGGCUGCAACCAUGGCGUGCGCUCCUGCCAGUGUCAGCGCUAUGAGGGAGACCAUGGAUGUUCUCAUGGAAAUUUCAAGGCUGCUGAACACUGGAUUGGAUAUGGAGACCCUAUCGAUUUGUGUAAGGCUGUGUGAGCAAGGGAUCAACCCAGAGGCCUUGUCGUCCGUUAUCAAAGAGCUGCGCAGAGCGGCCGAGGGGUUAAAGGCAGCAGAAAAUGCUCCAAGUUAACCACGUAUGGAAAUAAAACAUUUCUUCGAUGCACUUCACUGUACAAGAAGAAUUUUUUCCUGUGUAUGUUCUACUGUGUUCAGAUUCGUAACUCAAGCGUAUUUGAUGUUUCUGCCUUUUCUUGUUUACACUCAUAGGUUAUUGUAAAUUGUUAUAUUAUAAGCCUGGUGUAAUAAAUGGUGCUUUUUAUACACGGACA